AACCUGACAGAAUAACACCAGGGCACAAAAAACCCAUGAUUCACGCUCUGAAACGCUAUUGGUCACAUUCCUGAUGACGAACACGGAAGUGCGGCGGCUCUGUGACGUGAUGUGAACAACAUGAUCGGGGAUUUGUUGAUAUUCGGGACCUUACUGGUGAAUGCAGGGGCUGUGCUCAACUUCAAGCUCAAGAGGAAGGAGUCUCAAGGGUUUGGAGAUGAGUCCAGAUCACCGACAACAGGUGACAACAUCAGAGAGUUUCUGCUCAGCCUGCGGUACUUCCGGAUCUUCAUCGCUCUGUGGAACAUCUUCAUGAUGUUCUGCAUGGUCCUAUUAUUUGGGUCAUGAUCAACAUUUGUGGCGACUGGAGUUCCAUCAGGAUGCUGAUUUUCCAAGAUUUAUGCUACAAACUUCUCCUUAAUUGGAGUUUGCUGUUCUUUUGUCCCUUUUAACUGUAAUUAUGUUCUAUUUUCUUUACAACCCCAAACCAUAUAUCUGCUUCUCGCUGUACAGGAAUUUAUGAAUCGCUGUAUUUAUUUUGUUUUACAGAGGUUGUUACAUUUGUGCCCUUUUUGUUUAAGCUGUAACUGCACCAGCACCCUUGCCUUUUAUGGAAAUGUGUUGUCUUGUUCCCCUGCGUUUCAUUAUAGAACACAAGCUUUUAUUCUCCAGCAUGUCAGUUUUGUUGAAAAUGAUGGACAGCCCUCAGCCCUUCACUAACAUAAAACAUGUUUUUCUGUGGUUUGUUACCUGUGUGUCAUCAUUUAAGGGUCCCGUAGUAAUCAAAUGAAUCAAAGCGAUCAUCUUGCUUAAACAUCCUUUAAUACCUUUUACUUGCACAGCCAUCAGAGUUCAGCUGGAUUCAACAGACAAGUCAAAAUGAUCACUGUCACUUAAUGAACACUACAUCGUCUCUGUACAGACAUCUCCAAAUUUACUCACCAGCUGUGAGUAAACUCUUGUGUAUGUCGAUACAGAAUAUUUUAAUGGAGAUUUUUUAAAAGAAUGCCAUUUCCUUUAUUCUGCGGCACAUGUGCUGUAAGUAAAUGCAUAUGCAUUACAAUGUAAAUGUAUCCUUAUUCUAUUUCUAUUCGAAAUACAGUUUUCUUAUCCAAUGUCUGUUGAUUGACUUGAAUGGUUGUGCCUGUAUAUUUGAAAAAGGGAUGCAUGAUCCAAUUCUCACCUCAUUAAGUGUUAACCUUUUAAUAAUACUUAAUAUAGUCUACAUCCAUACUGCAGAGUAAUUGUAUACAUUAUGUACUGUACACUAAGUACACUAUACAGUUUUUUACAUUUAAUAUACAGGAAAUUAACAUAAUUUGCUGUCCCAUAUAUAACAUAUUAAGAUUAAAUCAAACUUCGACUUUAGAAUGCCACUGACAAGCACAAGAAAUAAAAGAAAAUUGUUUAUUGUCUCUUCAAAGCAAAAAGGUCCUGGGUUUGGAUCAACUGGCAGGUGAAAUGUAAUGUAUGAGUGGAAAUAAACUGAAUGGGUGUUAA